GCUUGGCCUUCGGGUGGCCGCCACCCUGGGGAGAAAAAAUGGGUCGCUGCCAGUAGAAACAUUCCCUGGGAAAUACAAACCCCGAAGCCUAUCAGAAAAACGCCAAGGUUGUUCAGGAAGGAAAAACUUCACCACAUUACGAAAUACAAAACUGAUUCCCAUGGAAACAUCGUCAUCCUCUGAUGACAGUUGUGACAGUUUUGGUUCUGAUAAUUUUGCAAAUACAAAAUGCAAGUUUAAGUUGGGUGUUAGAGAAGAACUGGCAAAAAUUUUUCAUGAAGCUUCUGAUGAUGAAUCCUUCUGUGGCUUUUCAGAAAAUGAGAUUCAAGGUGCAUUGAAAUUGGAAUCGGAUUCAGACGAGAAUGAUACAAGUGCUGAAAGUGAGGUACCUCAGAGAAGGCAGAAAUGUCCUAUUCCUCUAAAAGUAGCCAUGAAGUUUCCACCUCGAAGAUCAGGGAGGAGGAAGGGUGAGAUGGAACCCCUUCCUGAGAAGGUGAUGCCUGCUCCAGAUUCAGACUCUGACUCUGAAGAAAAGGGUGCCGUGUUUUUAGAAAAAAGAGCUUUGAACAUAAAGGAAAACAAAGCGAUGCUUGCAAAACUAAUGGCUGAGUUGCAAAAUGUUUCUGGUAUCUUUGGUGGGAAAAAAUCAUUGCCAGCUGCCAGUCAGGGACCAAAGCGGCUUCCAAGACGUACAUUGCCCAGAAGUGCUUUGAGGAGGAACCCAGAUAGAAGUUCUCGACCUCACACGAGAUCCAGGUCCCUGAUUGAAGGUCCUCCUACUCCUUUACCAGAAGACGAAGAUGAUGACCGGUACAUCUUAGUGAGAAGAAGAAAGAUGUCUGAUGAAUACCUGGAGCAUGAAGACCGAACUCCCAGGAGGGGUCACCGUGGUGCCAUGGCUUUUCCACACAUUGUACGCCCAGUUGAAGAGAUUACAGCGGAAGAGCUGAAUAAUAUUUGUGUAUCUGCAAGAGAUAAAGUAUAUAACAGGACCAUGGGAUCCACCUGUCAUCAGUGUCGCCAAAAAACCAUAGACACCAAGACAAAUUGUCGUAACCCUGAUUGCAUAGGAGUACGGGGCCAGUUCUGCGGGCCAUGCCUCCGCAAUAGGUAUGGGGAAGAUGUCAGGACUGUGUUGUUGGAUCCGACCUGGAGGUGUCCACCAUGUCGUGGAAUCUGCAACUGUAGCUUCUGUAGACAGCGAGAUGGCCGAUGUGCUACAGGUGUCCUGGUCUAUCUGGCCAAGUACCAUGGCUAUGACAACGUCCAUGCCUACUUGAAAAGUCUGAAACAAGAACUUGGGAUGGAAGACUGAAGCUGUGACUGCCUUUAAAUUGCAUAGUCUUUCACCAGUGUCAUAUUAUUGCCUACAGUGAAUUGUUUAAUCAAAUGAGAUUACAAAGCUUGCCUACUCUCCCCUUUUGGGUAAAAAAGGAUAAAGAACUUUCACUUAUCUCAGUGCAAGUCAUACUUGGGAGGAAUUGUUUAAUGAAGGCCUUUUCCCACAGGCCAUUGUUUUCUUUUUAAACAACUUUACAAAUCAGAUAGCAUCAGUCCUUGCUUUCAUGCCAGUAACUUUCUUUUGUUCCUGAAAGGAGAUGGGACUUUAAGCCAUUAGAGUUUUAUUCAUGCAGUGAUCUGUGCUGCAGGUUUAUGCUUUGAAGUUGAUCACAAAAAGAUACAGAUGUUCCAAAAAUUCAGGGCACUGUUGUCCACAGAACCAAACACAGAAAGGUAUGUGCUAAACUCCUAGCCAACUUCUGCAGUAUGAAUUUACUGAACAUAAAUGAUCGAAUAGAAGCCAAGAGUUGUUUAAAACAACAAUGCAUUCUUAAGUUCAAAAAGGAAGCCCUAACAGUUGCAGCUGAGCAGUCUCUAAGCACUAAUAUUUGGUUUUAUGGAGUAUUCAAAGUGCACAUUGGCCAUUUAAAGGGAGAUUCUCCAAGUGACUUAAAAAAUACAGCAGAAGCAGUUGGGGGUGGCACUUAAUAUUUUUGCUCAGAUGAGAGGAGGCCACUACCAAAAGCCUCCACAGCACUAGCACUGCCUAGUGAUGACAGUGAUCUGAACAUACUGGCAUACAUCGUGGAAUGGCCACUCUGUUUAAAACAGAAUGUACCCUUAGUUAAAUUACUGGAUUUGUGGGUUCACUUCUCCCCACUCUUGCUGCAACUGCCAAACUGCUUCUUUGCAGAAUCAGCACUGGUGCUGAGGAAAAGGGAUGCCUCCAGACCAGCACUUGGUUAAGUAGAGAGACAGUGGUUCUUGUGGCUCUUGGUCACCUACAAGUGCAUGAAAGGUGACUUGCUGAAUUUGGUUAUCAGAAAAAGGGGCAAUGACAAACUGAAAUCAGAAGCCUGAAUUUUUUUACCUCUGAAAAAAAAAUUAUAAAGCAAGGACCUUCCGAGCUACAGUCCAGCUUAAAGUGAACUCAUUUUAAACUGGAAGUGAACUUCUUCCAGUUGCACAGAGCAGCAUAAACGUAAAUAGAUAAUGUUCUCAAGAGACACCCUGGUUUUAGUAACAGAUGAUGAAGAAUGAUUGCCUCAUCAAAAAGGCUUUUAAAAAUAAAUUAAAAAGGGAGAUGUAAUGGGUUGCAUACAGUUUGCGAGCACUUGCAAAUGUGGUUAGUGUUGUGGUCUCCUCAACAGUCCAGCCAUACUUCUGUGUCUGGCUCUGCGUGAUUGUAGAAGGAUAUUUUGCAUGAUAUUAACGAAGCAUGAGUACAGCAAAAAUGGAGCUGGAGAAUUCCAAUGUGAUGUGUGGAUGAGUCUUGUGUACUCAGUGCUGUAGAAAAGAAGGUGCCAUGAAAAUUGUAUCUGGGGAACCACAAAGUGUAUAAAUGCGCUUAUUUUGAUCAUGGAAACUACUAUAUAAGCUUUGUAUAAGGUUUAGAAUGCAAUGUUAUAAAUAAUGUACAGUUGAAUAGUAGAAGAAUCAACUUGCAUUUAUUGAGCACUAGAACAGAGCUUACCUGUUACGUAGACUUUUGCUUGCACAGUGUGUGUACAUGAUCCACAGUUGAUACCUUUCUGGGAGUUAGAUCAGUGUGUGUGGGAGGGGAGGAGAGAGGAAUUAAGAAAGAAAAGAUAUGUCUCAGACUUGCAGUUCUGUUAAAUCCUCUGUCCUAUUGAAAAUCUCCUGUUCUGUCUUUAUUUUUUAUAGUGUGAAUACCUGUACAAUCUGAGGUGGAGAGUGCUCUACCCUCUAGGCACGUUUCAUGAACUCUAGAACUAACGUGUUCUGACAGAUAAGAGCGAUUUUUAAGACUAUGUCUUUUCCCUAUUUGCUGGGCUUGCCUUCUGAUUGCUAGAGUGAAAGGACUGUGCUAAAAGCAAACCCUUGCAUCAUAUCAUGGAGACUACUGUAUCUAGAUUUACUUGGAUCUACAAUGUUCUGUACAAAGUAUCUUAUUUUGAAAAUAAAA